GUAAAACCAUCUCAUAAACAUUCUUUGAUGUCCAGCUGGAAAGAGUUUCUAUACAAAAAGGUGCGGGUCAUUACUACUGACGCCCGGUUGUUUGAGGGCAAACUAGAAGGAAUCGAUAACGCCACCAACAUAGUCAUCUCCAACUGCAUCGAGCGAAUAGCCAGAGUGAAGGGAACAGACGAUAAGUAUCAACAACUCGAUAUGGGUCUAUAUAUGUUGCGGGGCGGUACUGUUGUAUGCAUAGGCGAGGUAGACGAGUCGAUUCCGGUGGACUGGGAGAACCUUACAGGCGAUAAACUAAAAGAUACGAAAAAUCCGUUAUAAAGCUACACUAGUUUUUGAUGGUAGGAAUCCCAUUCUGCUUCAUUUUGAUGGCCAACUCCAAGAGAUAGUCGAGGGCUUCGUUGUACACCUUGGCUUUCCAGAUGUUUUCUCCCCACACAUAAAUACCAUGUCUUCUCACCAACACAGCAGUGGCUCCCGGAUAAUUAUUGAUGGCAGCUUCCAAGUCGUCGACUAAGUCUUCUUCGUGAGGUACGUUUUCGAUGAUGGGGAUCACCAAAGUGUCAAAGUUUUCCAAGCUACCAACUUUUUCCACUUUUCCCGUGGCUGCAUUAACCUGAAGUCUGGGCAAAGCUUUGAUUUGCUCGAUAUGAUUGAUCUUGAACUCGACCUUAUCCUCCCACAACAACGUACACAUCACAGCAUUCUGGGAGUGGGUGUGGAUACAAGCACCGGCGUCUCUCAAUUUAUAGCAGCUCAUGAAUAAUGGCUGACAGGCUGAAGCCUUGUAUUUAUAGUUUUUAUUAUAUCCUCCUUCGUUAGGAGUCCGCAAAACCGUUUCGUCGGGCAACUCAGCCACAAACAUUUCCCAAGGUUCCAAUCUCUCUUUCUGAAUUCCCGAAGGUGCAAUAUAAACAAGGUUCUUAUUAUCUCCAUCGAGAUCUCUUAUGGAGACUCCCCCACCGGUACCGGUGACCCAAUUAUUGUCGUAAAAGAGGCGACACAACUCGCAGAUGACAUUGGCUGGGUGUUGUGGGUUAUCGAGGUCGAGAAAUGGGUCGUUUUUUGCAAUCGUUUGUGGAUCAGACAUGCUUGAGUUUAGAUGGAUUGAACUGCGUGGGAUAAAUUUUUCAUUUUC